GCAUUUUUUGCUCUCUGGCAACUCUGAGCACCUCUUUCACCCUCGCUCACCCCCAGUACCCACUCAGCUCCCUUGCUCGUCUCCCUACUCUGGGGAGAACUCCUGCAUCUCUUCUGUGAGGACCUCAGAACACAUUCCCUCGGGUUUGAGGGAGAGGAAAACAAAGACAGCAUGCUGACAGCAGGGCUAAAAUCAGGAUUCAGAAUAAUGUUUACUGAAUGCAGUCUGCUUAUCAAAUCCAUCACCUUUAAAAAAAAAAUCCUUCCAUGCGUGACUUUUGUUGUUACCUCUCCUCCUUCCUUUGUAUUUGCAUAGCUUGCUCAAUAGAGCUCUUCAGUAAGAAUUCCUCUUGUUCCUCCUUGGAGCCCCGUCUCCCUGGUCUCCAGGGAUGCUGAAGGGGGGAUACCUGUGGGGGCAGAGCGAAAUGCCUGGCCAGCUCUGGGACCCACCCAGCCCAGAGUUUGGCAGUGCCGAAGCUCCACACUGUCGUAAGCAGAUGGUUAAGCCCCCCCAGGUUCGUGCCAGGUUUCAACGUCAUGCUGUGGUUUUGUUCUUCUGGGACGGGAUGAGAGUAACUUCCCAGAGCGGCCCUAUUAGAACAGAAAGAAAAUCCUCUAAAUAGGCGGAACAGGGCAUCAGGAGGGGAAGUUCUCUAAACGCACUUUAAUACGAGCCGGGUAUUGUGUGGAAUUCAGCGCCCAUCACCGUUUAGCGGAGAGUUAUGGCAGUGAUUGGGGAUGAAUAGAGGAACAUAAUGGAUACAUGUGGCGUUUGCUCAUUAUAUUCAAGUUAGCCCGACUCCUCUGUGGAAACUGUUCAACUUUCUCUCCCCUUAGCUUGUCACAGUGAAAUAAUACAGACAUUGGGGCCUCCAAUGGGAUCGCCUGCCACGCCAUUCUAUUUCCACUGCUAACGAGGGCUUCAUAAGCCUUUGAUACAGUCUGAUCUUUGAAACCUUUCCAAAUCUCCUCAAGCCUAAGCUAAAUCCUAUUUGGAACUUUUUUUUUCUUUCCCUGCUAGCGCCCAGGGCUUAAGAAAGCCAUUUGGACAGUGACAUGCAUACUAACACAUCGCAGGGCUCUUUUCUGAAAGAGAAGUGGCAGCUCUGAUCACUGGGGCUCACACGAGCAAAACACAAUCGCGUACACAAAUUUGAAUAAAAUCAAUUUUCCUUUAUCCUUCAGGUUCCUUAAUCGAGAGGCUAUCCGGGCGCCGUGGGAAGCAGGGAGAGAAGAUGAACAGAGCAGAGUCUCCCUCGGCAGAGCAAGUCUGUGCAGAGAGGUCUGCGAGCGUUAAAAAGACUCCGAGAUGCAAAACGCAGAGAGUGGGUGGGAGGUCCGGGCCGCUGGGGUGAAACCCCAGGGUGUUUGCUCUUAGUUCAAGCAACCGGUAUGGGAGGGGCAUAAUUAACAAAACCAUCCACUUCUUUUAUUCCUGGCGACCUGUGCCAACUUCUCUACAUGCAGGGCGCUGACAGGAAAAGGAAAAAAGCAAAAGGACUUAAAGAAACAAAGGAGAGAUUCCCUAAUUUUCCUUCCUUGCUUUCCCCUCUAAGCCUUUCCACAUUACAGGGAUUGUUAGCGGCUGGUGUAGGAGCGGCGCAAUGGUGAGGGUGCCAUUGGCUGCCCGGUUCGGGUGAUUUGCAUAUCGGCGGCUAUAAAGGAGGAGGCGGCGCGAGGCUGCGCAGCUCCAGCAAGGAGAAAGGAGAGAGAGUUGCCGUUUGAGGGCGGGUCCGCGCGUCCUUAGAGCCCGCCGGAGCCUCCGAGCUGCAGCCCCCAGAUUUCUCCCUCACGGAGCUUGCAAAGAUCGUGCUCCGAGGAGCCCGGGACUCUACGCCCGCACCAGCAAACCAGAGAGGAAUCUUCCUCAGUCUUUUGGAACAGCACUUGGGGCUGGCGGCAUGAGUCCAGCGAGGCGCGGGGGCAGCCCCUGCCUUUUCCCCUUGCAGCUCUUCAGCCUCUGCUGGGUGCUCUCAGUGGCCCAGUGCAAGACAGUGCGAUACAGCACCUUUGAGGAGGACGCCCCUGGUACGGUCAUCGGGACCCUGGCUGAGGACCUGCAUAUGAAAGUGUCCGGAGACACAAGCUUCCGCCUGAUGAAGCAGUUCAACAGCUCGCUGCUCAGGGUACGCGAGGGCGAUGGGCAGCUGACCGUCGGGGACGCGGGCCUGGACCGCGAGCGGCUGUGUGGCCAGGCCCCUCAGUGCGUGCUGGCCUUCGAUGUGGUCAGCUUCUCGCAGGAGCAGUUCCGGCUCGUGCACGUGGAGGUGGAGGUGAGGGACGUCAAUGACCACGCGCCGCGCUUUCCCCGGGCCCAGAUCCCCGUGGAGGUGUCCGAGGGCGCAGCGGUGGGCACGCGCAUUCCCCUGGAGGUGCCAGUGGACGAGGACGUGGGUGCCAACGGGCUGCAGAGCGUGCGCCUGUCCGAGCCACACAGCCCCUUCCGCGUGGAGCUGCAGACGCGCGCGGACGGCGCCCAGUGCGCUGACCUCGUGCUGCUGCAGGAGCUGGACCGCGAGAGCCAGGCCGGCUACAGCCUGGAGCUGGUGGCCCAGGACGGCGGCCGCCCGCCGCGCUCUGCUACAGCCGCCCUCAGCGUGCGCGUGCUGGACGCCAACGACCACAGCCCGGCAUUCCCGCAGGGCGCUGUGGCCGAAGUGGAGCUGGCGGAGGACGCGCCCGUCGGCUCGCUACUGCUGGACCUGGACGCGGCCGACCCCGAUGAGGGCCCCAACGGCGACGUGGUGUUCGCCUUCGGCGCCCGCACCCCGCCCGAGGCGCGCCGCCUCUUCCGCCUAGACCCGCGCUCGGGCCGCCUGACCCUGGCGGGACCCGUGGACUACGAGCGCCAGGACACCUACGAGCUGGACGUGCGGGCUCAGGACCGCGGCCCCGGGCCCCGCGCCGCCACCUGCAAGGUCAUCGUGCGGAUCCGCGACGUCAAUGACAACGCGCCGGACAUCUCCAUCACCCCGCUGGCCGCCCCGGGUGCGCCUGCCACCUCACCUUUCGCAGCUGCUGCCGCCGCCGCUGCUCUCGGAGGGGCAGACGCGACCUCGACUACUGGGCCUGGGACACCAGAAGCCAGCGCCAUCUCGCUGGUGCCAGAAGGGGCGGCGCGCGAGAGCCUGGUGGCGCUGGUCAGCACCUCGGACAGAGACUCGGGAGCCAACGGGCAGGUGCGCUGCGCCCUCUAUGGGCACGAGCACUUCCGGCUGCAGCCGGCCUACGCGGGCAGCUACCUGGUUGUGACCGCGGCGUCCCUAGAUCGCGAGCGCAUCGCGGAGUACAACCUGACGCUGGUUGCUGAGGACCGCGGCGCGCCCCCGCUACGCACCGUGCGCCCCUACACAGUGCGCGUGAGCGACGAGAACGACAACGCGCCGAUCUUCACGCGGCCGGUCUACGAAGUGUCUGUGCGUGAGAACAACCCCCCAGGCGCCUAUUUGGCCACGGUGGCCGCCCGGGACCCGGACCUGGGCCGCAACGGCCAGGUCACCUACCAGCUGCUGGAGGCCGAGGUGGGCCGCGCAGGGGGUGCCGUGUCCACCUACGUCUCGGUGGACCCGGCCACUGGGGCCAUCUACGCGCUGCGCAGCUUCGACUAUGAGACGCUGCGCCAGCUCGACGUGCGCAUCCAGGCAAGCGACGGCGGCUCCCCUCAGCUCUCCAGCAGCGCCCUGGUGCAAGUUCGGGUGCUGGACCAGAACGAUCACGCACCGGUCCUGGUGCACCCAGCGCCAGCCAACGGCUCCCUAGAAGUGGCGGUCCCCGGGCGCACAGCAAGGGACACGGCCGUGGUGCGCGUGCAGGCGCGGGAUGCGGACGAGGGGGCCAAUGGGGAGCUGGCAUUCGACCUGCUGCAGCAGGAGCCGCGAGAAGCCUUCGCCAUCGGCCGCCGCACGGGGGAGAUCGUGCUCACUGGCGACCUCUCGCAGGAGCCGCCAGGCCGCGUGUUCCGGGCGCUGCUGGUCAUAUCCGACGGCGGCCGGCCCCCGCUCUCCACCACCGCCACCGUCAGCUUCGUGGUGACAGCAGGCGGCGGGCACGGGCCGGUGGCGCCCGCCAGCGCGGGCAGCCCAGAGCGCUCUCGCCCGCCUGGCUCUCGGCUCGCGGCGUCCGGGCCGGCGCUACAAUGGGACACGCCGCUGAUCGUCAUCAUCGUGCUAGCAGGGAGCUGCACGCUGCUGCUGGCUGCCAUCAUCGCCAUCGCCACCACCUGCAACCGCCGCAAAAAGGAGGUGCGCAAAGGGGGGGCCCGCCGGGAAGAGCGGCCCGGGGCGGCGGGCGGCGGAGCCUCGGCUCCCGGCUCCCCGGAGGAGGCCGCCCGGGGAGCCGGGCCCAGGCCCAACAUGUUCGACGUGCUCACCUUCCCUGGCAGCGGCAAAGCGCCCUUUGGCAGCCCCGCGGCCGACGCGCCCCCGCCCGCGGUCGCCGCGGCCGAAGUCCCGGGCUCGGAGGGCGGCAGCGCCACCGGGGAAAGCUCCUGUCACUUCGAGGGGCAGCAGCGGCUCCGCGGCGCGCACGCCGAGCCGUAUGGUGCCUCCCCCGGCUUCGGAAAGGAGCCGGCGCCCCCCGUGGCGGUCUGGAAAGGACACUCUUUCAACACCAUCUCCGGCCGAGAAGCAGAGAAGUUCAGCGGCAAAGACAGCGGCAAAGGGGACAGUGAUUUCAACGACAGCGAUUCGGACAUUAGCGGGGACGCCCUGAAAAAGGAUCUCAUCAACCACAUGCAGAGUGGACUGUGGGCGUGCACGGCUGAGUGUAAGAUCCUGGGCCACUCGGACCGCUGCUGGAGCCCAUCCUGCGGAGGGCCCAACACGCAUCCCCCGCCUCACGCGCCAGCCCAGAUGUCAACCUUCUGUAAGAGCACGUCCCUGCCUCGGGAUCCUCUGCGCAGGGACAAUUACUACCAGGCCCAGCUGCCCAAGACAGUGGGGCUGCAGAGCGUCUAUGAGAAAGUGCUACACAGAGACUAUGACAGGACAGUCACUCUGCUCUCCCCACCCCGUCCAGGGAGGCUCCCAGACUUACAGGAGAUCGGGGUGCCCCUCUAUCAGUCCCCCCCUGGCAGGUACCUGUCCCCAAAGAAGGAAGCCAAUGAAAAUGUGUAAUCCCACGCUGCAUGUCUUCACACAUACACAGGUCACUCCGAGACGCCCCUAAGUUAUUGACCGGUUUCAGUGUUGUAUAUAUAAAUAUGCAAGAUGUGCCUUAAAAUGAAGUUGUUGGAAGCUAUUUCCAAUCACCUUGGUACUGUUUGGUAUUUGCAAACAAAAAUGUAGUUAAUGUAAUUUUUAUGAAAUGUGUGCAGUAUUUAAUUUUUCUUAUCAUGCUAUUGACUUUAAUUUCACUUGCAGCUUGCCAUUUUCUUAGUGUUUUUAACCUGUACAUUGUGUAAUGUAAUGUUUGUAUAUAAUGAAAUUUUGUUAUAUUUUUAUAUAAUAAAAGCUAAAGUGGAAGUUGUUGCCAAAGGAACUGUCUGUAAGACAAAAAACAAAACGCGUUGGAAUUACUUAACGGAAAUUUAUCUUUCACCUGAAACAACCUAGUGUCUGAGAAGUUUUGCCUUGCCAAGUAUAACAUAUAUCUUGAGUCUGUGGUAGGUUUCAAGUUCGAUGUUAUUUAAUUACAUUUGGUUUUCUGUAAACCAUGUCACUUAUAAGCACAGUAAUAAAGGAUUUGUCAUGUGUUUGAA